AUUGGUAUCACUGAAGUUUACAGCUGUAUUUUAAAAAAAGAAUCUAAAAAUUCAAUUCUCAACAUGACAGACACCGUCGCAACAACUCCGGCUCCAGUCGCCGCGUCGCCGGCCGCGAAGAAGUCUCCAGCCAAGAAGAAGUUGGCCGCUAAAGCCGCGAAGACCGCUGCAACGCACCCAACCACAUCCGUGAUGGUCACUUCGGCCAUCAAAGAGCUAAAAGAGAAGAAAGGUUCGUCGUUGCCAGCCAUCAAGAAGUACUUGGCCGCCAACUACAAAGUCGAUCCCGCCAAGUUGGCGCCAUUCAUCAGAAAGUUUUUGAAAGCCGCCGUCGCCAACGGUACCGUCGUCCAGACGAAGGGCACCGGCGCUUCGGGACACUUCAAAUUGCCCGUCGCCGAGGUCAAGCCGAAAAAGGCUGUCGUAGCCAAAAAGAAGAAGUCAAUCGUGAAAAAAGUCAAGGUCGCUGGAACACCGAAGAAGAAGAAGCUCGCAGCUGGCAAGAAACCCGCGACCGGUGAACCAGCCGCCAAAAAAGCGAAAAAAGUUGCUGCAACCAAACCCAAGGCGACUACACCGAAAAAGGCACCAGCCAAAGCAAAAAAACCGGCCGCUGCCAAACCCAAAGCGAAGAAGGCUCCAAUCAAGAAAACAACGACUCCCAAAAAGAAGUAGUAAAAUACUCUUUGCCACCCAUCUCUAAAAAGGUCCUUUUCA